GAAUUCGGUCGCCAAUCUGAAACUUUCCCAUUUAUAAUAGUUUUCGUUUUUGUUCGGUAGUCAAUGAAUCAAUGCUAGCGUUAAACGUACAAUCUAGCUACUGUAUAAGUGUGUCUCGCUUUACCUGUACACUCAACUGUAGAAAUCGUGUGAAACCAUAUGGAACCAAAACAAGUGACAAUUCGUGUAUGGAAUUGUUGUGUGUAUAGCAGUAUUUUUCUAUGCUAAUGAAGGGUACCGACGUGCUUGGAAAUUAGCGCAAAGCUGACAGCAAAACAAAAAAAACGCGACAAUUACCAAAGCUUGCAACAAUAUUAUAUCUAACAAUAUAAUACAGCAAGGUGACUGAAAUAUUACCCCAUAAAACGAUUACCGGACGACACAACAGAGAGAAAUUUGAUACAUCAGCAACCGUCGAGGUGAGCAAACCUUUUGACGGAACGUCCCCAACUUCUGCCCUUCGUUCAUGAUCUGCGGUUAAGGUGGAUAACCUCCGACAGAAACAGCAAUCCAGCUCGCCUACGGAAUGCCAUAAUAAUAAGCGGAAAUCGUUACAGGAAGUAGUAGGAAAAGCAAUAGAGGCACCGCUGUCCGCUUCACUUGCACCGUCAUCAUCGCUGCCAGCUUCAGCAUCGCCGUCGUCCUCAUCGUUGAACGCGACGACAGCUCCGGCACCCAAAGUUGCCAUCACACGGCUUAGCUCGGAUAUCACGACUUGCACAACUACUACUACCACCACCACUACCACGCAACUCGUUACUUCGAAAGGAGUAUGCACACUGCGAGUGAAAAUCUUUCUCAUCAAGCAUCUCUCUAAGCUGGUGUCGUGCAACAAAAAGAUGUUUCUACCGGUCAAGUCAAACACCUCCCCAGUUUCCAACGAGGGCACUAACGGAGAGGAUGUCACCACAGUGACCAGCAACUCGACGCAAACACCGAGCGAUCUCAGCCCGCCAAACAUGUCCGGUGAUGACAUGCUGCCGCAAGCCCACCACCAAAAUCCCGGCCACUGCAUAGCCUCAUUUUCAGCCAUCAACCGCAUGCGACAAAACGCACAGCUCUGUGACGUAACCCUGGAGGUUGGAGGUGAAACCAUAAAUGCACAUAAGGUCAUACUGGCUUCGGUUUCCCCGUAUUUCUAUGCGAUGUUCAACGACGAUAUGCUGGAACGAAAUAGGGAUGUUGUUACACUGCACGACCUCGAUCCAUCAUCGUUGAAGCAGCUAAUCGACUAUGCUUACAGUGGGGAAAUCACCAUCACCGAGGAAAAUGUUCAGGUUUUGCUACCAGCAUCCAGCCUGCUGCAGAUUCAAUCAGUUCGAGAAGCAUGUUGCAAGUUUUUGCUCCGUCAGCUUCAUCCUUCUAACUGUCUGGGGAUACGAAGUUUUGCCGAUGCCCAUUCGUGUAAGGAACUCCACUCACGUUCCCAUCGUUAUGCUCUACAAAACUUUCAACAAGUUGUCGGCACGGAGGAAUUUUUAUUACUAGGAUUUUGUGAGGUUCAAGAUCUCAUUUCAAACAGUCAAUUAAAUAUAUGUUCGGAGGAGAAGGUUUUCAUGGCUGUUCUGAACUGGGUGAAACACGAUCUGAACGAGCGCAAGAAGCACAUCUCGGAGCUGAUGUCGCACGUGCGUCUGCCUCUGGUGAACCGCGAAUUUCUGAUGAGCUGCGUUGAAACCGAACCCCUAGUUCGGGAGGAUUCCCACUGCAAAGAGUUGCUGCUGGAAGCUAUGAAGUAUCAUUUGCUACCGGAGCAACGGAGCUCACUGGUAAGCCAGCGCACACUGGAACGCCGCCCCGAGGGUAUGCGACAGUACAUUUUCGCCGUUGGUGGAGGCAGCCUGUUUGCCAUCCACAAUGAAUGUGAGUGCUACAACCCGAAGACGAACGGGUGGAUGACAAUUUCACCGAUGAUCUCGAGAAGAUCGAGGGCAGGGGUAACGGCGCUGCGAAAGUUGUUGUACGUUGUUGGCGGAUAUGACGGUGAAAAUGAUUUGGCAUCAGCCGAAUGCUACAAUCCGCUUACGAAUGAAUGGAGCAAUAUAACACCAAUGGGUACGAAACGCUCCUGUCUGGGAACGUGCGCCUUCGAUGGACUGUUGUACGUGUGCGGAGGUUACGAUGGAGCAUCCUGUCUGGCUAGUGUGGAGCGGUAUGACCCCCUAACUGCGGUUUGGACUUCAUGCCCAGCUAUGAACACGAGACGAAGAUACUGUCGGGUUGCAGUGAUGGACAACUGCAUCUACGCUCUGGGAGGCUUCGAUUCUAGUAACUAUCAAUCGUCAGUGGAACGUUUCGAUCCCCGAGUGGGCAGUUGGUCAGCUGUUCCGAGCAUGACCUCGAGGAGAAGCAGCUGCGGUGUGGCCGCUCUAGAUGGGUAUUUAUACUGCAUUGGUGGUAGUGAUGGAACGAUGUGCAUGCAGACAGGGGAAAGGUUCAACCUGAGGGCGAACAGUUGGGAACCCAUAAGUCAAAUGCAUUCCAGAAGAUCAACUCACGAAGUAGUCGAAGCGAACGGAUUUCUUUACGCUCUGGGAGGAAACGAUGGUUCUUCCUCUCUUAACUCCGUUGAACGAUACGAACCGAAGCUCAAUAAAUGGACGCUCGUAACAUCGAUGCUGACAAGACGCAGCUCCAUUGGCGCCUCUGUGUUGGAAUGUUUCAACUUAGAGCGUGGAUUAUUACAAACCAGUAUAUGACCAGUAAUCGUCCAUUCCGCCGGUAAAGAUACAAAUGGAACCAGCGGUAGCAGUGCAUCCGAGUGAACAACAACUACCAUAAACGGCUGCCCCUUAGUACAAAUGCUGAUAUGAAUAAAAAUAGGAUCCCAAAUACAGCAUAGUAAUUUCGUGCAUCGUCAUUUUUGUCAACUAGAUAAAGUUCAACUACAUUUUAGCUAGCUAAUGCGAGCAUUGCAAUCUAAGUGUCAUAACCACCACAUUAUCGCCACCGGUCGGUUUCAACCCGUUGAAUAGCUUUAGAAGCCAAUUUAGGCAGUAACACGCAUAACUUUAUCGCAAUUUGUUUGUUAAACUAUACUUUCGUUGUUCUCAAUAAGCAAAAAUGGAAGCAAAAUUUUCACUUAAUUCAUAAUAGCUAUGCUCUACUCUUCUUGUAUUAUUUCAAAUUCUACUACUAAAGACAGGAGCCCGAUGAAGAGCAGGAAAAAUCACUGUUUUUCUCAUUCUAUUUUUUUAAGCAACUGCACCUUUGUAAACGAAUUUAGAUUAUUCAUACAUUGUUAUAACCUCUUUCUGCAUUCCAACUACUAUUUCAUAAAUUGAUUUUGAAUCUCUUUCGAAUUCUAUCUGUGAUACUUAUCUUUGUUACCUAUUUACGCAUCUGCCAAGCCUCCGAAAUACAUAACAAACGAACAUACCACCAUAACUCUUAUCCCUACAAAAACACUCCGCUAGUUUACAUUACAAAAUGUUAACGAACAGAUACAGCAUACAGUGAAACAAAAUUAGAAGCCUUACAAAGUUCGCUCUAUAUCGACAUAUACAAAAAAAAUACCAUUGCAGUUGUAGGAAAAUAUCACUUUGUGGUCCAAACCAUCACUAGGCUAUUCUGGAAAAUAAAGCGCAAAAAUAUCUUUAUCUGUUUUGAAAACAUUUAGGAAAUUUUAAUCAAACAUCGAACCGCAAAUUUCAAAUUUCUACAAUUAAUGGCUUCCAUAAAAGAAUGUAUCCGGGAUUCGCAAAACGGAUGACAAUUGCUAGCUGGCCUGAGGCCAACUCACAGUAUACAUAUUACAUAUGCAUAAAAUCAUAAAAGUAAAACAUUGUAUUACAUUUACUCUAAAGAAGAAACCAAAUAGAAAACUGAACUGAAAACAGUGAAACCACUACACUGCCGCUAUCUUUGUAAUUCAGGGUAGUUUAGUCGAUGUAAAUCUUUGAAAGAUACUUUCACAAAAACCACCUCCAAACUAACUGACUGAAACCAGGAGCAUACCAAUAGCCUAUAAAAAACAGAUGGGAACAGUUUAUUCUCAAUUGUGAAACAAAACAAGCAAGCAAAAGCAGGUCUAACAUAACAGUUCCAAGGUAAAACACUAAGCAGCAUUCCAUUUGACAUUCUACACGCGUCAUAACAUAUGGUGCAAAGUUUAAACAAAGCAGACGGAAUUUCACACACACACAAUUCUUAUUAAUUAUCGAGCUAGCGAAUUUAAAUAAAAUGUUUCAAAUAUGCAA